AUGGAUGGCGUAACGCGUAUUACCCAAUGUCCAAUAGAACCAGGCGAAACAUUUACAUACAAAUUUGUAGCAUCGAAUAAAGAUACUCAUUGGUAUCAUGCACAUUCAGGUGUGCAAAGAACAGAAGGAUUAUAUGGAGCUUUUAUUGUUACUGAAUCUUAUGCUGCUGCUGAUAAAAAUAAUAGUGAUAACAAAUCUGAUUCAAAUGAUGCAAACCGAGACGUAAAAGACGGUUAUGAACAAGAAUUUUAUUUCAUAGUUCAAGAGUGGCUUCAACAAGAUUCAUUAAGUGUUUUUAACUAUGUUAACUGGGAAAAUACAAAAUUUUUCAAUAGCUUCACAGAGACAACAAAUUGUUUUGCACCUAAUCGAAUGGAUGAUGGAACACCUGUUGCACCAGUACCAUAUAAUUUAAAGAAAAAGAUGGAUGCGAUUUUGAUAAAUGGUAAAGGUUGGUAUAAUUUGCCUGUAGCACUUCAGUAUGUCGACUCAUGGGGUUCCAAUGCAUUCAAUCUUCCAUUAGAAGUAUUCACUGUUAAACCUAAUAAAAAAUAUUUGUUUCGUGUGAUUGGUGCAAAUGCAGGGCAUGCACUUGAAAUAACUAUUGGUGGACAUAAAAUGACUAUUGUUGCAUCGGAUGGUAAAAAAUGCCGAAAAGUAAAUUGUCCAUUUUGGCCAAGCCAAAAUGAUGGUCCGUUUGAUUGCAUUAGUCCUGGAUUAUAUAAAUCUUUAUCUUCUUCAAUUCCAGAAUCUGACCGUAUUGAUAUGUUUAAAAAUCAAUACAAAAAAGAAGAAUUUGAAGAGCAUUUUUUAAAUUUUCAUUUCUCAGGUUCUACAUCACAAAGGGCAUCAAUUAAUGGAAGACAGUUUAUUUUACCUUCUUAUCCUCCUUUUUUUGAAAAAGACUUUGAUAAAGCUAUCGUACCAUGCCGUAAUUCAUGUAUUGAGGAAAGUACAUGUGAUUGUACGAAUAAAUUAAAAAUUGGUACAAAUAAAAUUAUUCAAUUAAUUAUUUACAAUAUGGGUAAAGGUGCCGGAAUAGAUGGUACAGCUCAUCCAGUUCAUUUUCAUGGACACCAUUUUUAUGUUGUUGCUAUGGGAUAUCCUACAUAUAAUUAUACGAACCAUAGAUAUAAAAGUAGUAACACAGAUAUCAAUUGUAAAAAUGAAACAAAUUCAUUUUGUAAUUAUGCCGGUUGGUCUAAUAAAUAUUGGAGUUUAGGUAAUAUAGCUUCAAUACCUAUUGCAAAUUUAGUAAAUCCACCUAUAAAAGAUACAAUAUUUGUGCCUGUUGGUGGAUUUAUAGUUGCAAGAUUUCGUUCUAACAAUAUAGGACUAUGGUUUCUACAUUGUCAUAUUGAAGUGCAUCAAGCUGAAGGAAUGGCUCUUUUCAUUCAAGAAGGUUCCGAUGACGAAAUACGUUCGCUCGUCAAGUUUGAUGAAAUAAAUUUAUGUCACAAGGGCCCAAAUAUACCAGAUAAAUCAGCUUCAUUGAACAGAGCAAGUCAAAUAAAUGAUUUCAAACCAAUUUUAAUUUUGUUGACCCUGUUAUGUAUUAUUCAGCACUUUAGUGUUUAA